UAGGUGAAACUGAUUGGAAGAUAAUAGCAAUUGAUGUAAAUGACCCAUUGGCAGAUCAAUUGAAUGAUAUUGAAGAUGUUGAAAUACAUAUGCCUGGAUUUUUACAGGCAACUCAUGAGUGGUUUAAAAUGUACAAGAUACCUGAUGGAAAGCCUCCCAAUAAAUUUGCUUUUGGGGGUGAAGCAAAAAAUAAGGAUUUUGCAGAAAACAUCAUAACAGAAACUCAUCAUUACUGGGAAGAACUGAUACAGAAUAAAACAGACAAAGGAGAAUUAUCAUGCUCAACUGUUUGUGUGGAAGACAGUCCAUAUAAGAUUAGUAUUGAUGAGGCAGAAAACAUUGUGAAACAGAGCCAUGAAUGUGGACCUGCAAUGCCUCGUGAUCAAAGUGUGAAUAGGUGGCAUUUUGUGCAGCUGCAGUGAAAAUUUACUAAAUUCGUCUGACACCAUGCUGUUCUCCACACAAGAAUGAGCUGUGAAUAAAACAGAGCAGUUAAAAUAUUUUUCUAAGUUGUGAUACAGUCACAAGUAGUUUCAUAGUUAAGUGAAGUUCCAGUAGUUUCCACUGUUAUUCAAGUUUAUUGCAAAUUGAAUGGAGAAAACUUAUCUGGAUCUUGCUUGGAAUUUGUGUAUAGCAUAUUUAGUGAUAGUCAAUCUGUAGAAUAUGAAUAACAUAUUCAAGAAAAGAACUACUUCAGUAUCUUUGAAUAGUCAGGAGUUUUAAGAAAAUUUAAGUCAACUUGCUAGUAUCUGAUAUUGAUAUAUUAUACAAUUGCAUAAUUAUGCCAUGUUAUUUUUGAGAACAGUGAUCUGUUGUUGCAAUAAAUUAUCAAAAAUGUAUAUAAAUGGUAAUGAAGGAAAACAAGAAUUGAAUAGUUAAAUGUCACAACACUUUUUUUUAAUAAAAUAUCUUGAUUUGAUUUUCAAAGAAUGUAGCUGCAAAUUUGUUAUUGUAACUGGUUUCUUCAGGUCUUGUGUUACUUACACUAACAAUUCAUAUAGGUGACUAUAUUAGUAUGUAAGGAGUAUUAAAGGUAUUUAUCAAGCUGAUUGAUGAUGUUAGCACCUUCAUUACAUCUGUAUUUACUGGAAUAAUUAAUUGAUAUAUUUUGAUGUUUUUUUCUAAUGCUAACACUUAACCAAUUUUUGACAUCAUUGUCUUUGAUCUCACAUUUAUUAAGUAAUGAUUAAACAGUUUUUAAAAACUUUCAUAAGCUGAAGUAUAUAAUUACCCCCUAUUAUACCAUAUUGAAUAACUUAUUAUUGAUUAUUUGUCUUAAAAUGAACUUAGUAUCAUGGCAACUCGUACUUUUAUUUUAGCUCUUUAGUUAUUUAAAAUAACCUACAAUUAAGUGGCAGUCACAGUUUGAGUUGUAUACUUUUCUUACAACAAGUAGUUUGCAUAUUUUAUUUUUAUAUCUAUUUUUCUCCAUUUGAAUCACAAUACAUUCAGUAUUUUUAACUGUAAGUAAAAAACUCAACAAACUUUGGUUUAGUUAAGUGUAUGUGAAUUACUACUGUUUAAACAGGAUGCAUAUACAUGAAGUUAAUAUUGUGAAUAAUUUAUGCCCGUAGUCCUGACAAAGAAUGUGUGUGUGGUAGGUAUAAGACUUCUAAAGCAAUGCAUUAUUUCGUAAGUAAAAAUCUGUACAUGUGGUAAUCGUAGCCUGUCAUUUGGAAUUCUUAAAAAAAUACAUAUUUGAUCCUUAAUUUAAUAAAUUCCAACCAGCAUUCCUGUAUAUGGUGUUUUGUUGAUUGUAUAAGACUGCUAUAGAAACAGUACUAAAAUGCUACACAUUGGUAAUUACUUAUUAAUAUAAACUCAAACUACUGAUGGCAAGGUUGUUGAAUGUUAUCAGGGAUGCUUUCUCUAUCAAGCAACAUAAGUAUUGAAAGAAAAUUACAUAAAGGUUGACACCCAGACACUUAACUUUAUAAGGAAAUUAUAGCUUAUUAAAAAAAAUGUUUGAUUCAUUGCUAUGGUAGAUUUGAGUUGGGUUUUUGUUAUUGUUGUGAAUGUUUUAAAAUGAUGAAUUUAUUUUAUGUAAUUAAAAAAAUGUCUAAAAUUG